AUGCCACCACGAACGCGCUUAAAAACGGAAUCUUCCUUCUCCCAUGAAAACUACCUCGGCCCAGUUUCGGCGACGCCGCAGUUGAUGUGCGAACGCAUCGUCGACGCCAUUUUUCCUCCUCGUUCUUCCUCCACUUCAUCAUCUAAAUCGUCAAAAACGAAAACAAAUCUCUUCAACGGCGACGGCGUUGGAGAUGAGAAAAAACAAGUCCUCGUCUACGACCUGGGAUGCAACGACGCGCGCGUCUUAAUCGCCGCGUGUCAAAAAAACUCGAACGUGAGAGGUGUAGGCGUUGAAAUCGACCCAGUGGCGGCUUCAAACGCUCGAAUAAACGUUCAAAAAAUGAAUCUCGAAGACCGAGUGGAAAUUCGAACGCAAGACGCCAUGACCGUUACGGACGUCCAUCGAGCGGAUUGCGUGUUUUUGUACCUGCUGCCGCGAGGGAACGAAAAGGUCGCGAAACUGUUACGCGAACGAAUGAACGAUCGGUGCAGAGUAAUUUGUUACAUGUUUAAGCUUCCAGAUGAUCAAAACGAGGACAAGUUUUGGGAGAAACGAUUGAUGAAAGAAGUCGCGUUUGAAGACUCGCGGAAACGAGAGCGGAAAGGCGUGGACUCGAGUCGGUAUAACAGAAUCUACGUGUACGGAAGUAAAAGAGAGACGGAGAGAAGAGAGAAGAUUAGGGGACUAGUCCGAGUUGGCGUCGCCGUAGUCGUAGGAAUAGUGUUCGGGAAACUGAAACUGUGGUAG